AUGAAAAGCAAAAUACUAAUAACAUUCUUCGCACUCUGUUUAACCGUCGUGGCCGUUACGGCGAGUAACGAUUCCUACUACGGCAAAACCAAGCGAGCUAAUCUAAAGGAGGAGAAAGUGACACGUGUCAUCUUCUUCCUCCAUGAUAUCCUCAGUGGCCAAAACCCUAGCGCCGUCAGAAUCGCACACGCCAAUCUCACCGGUGCCUCAAAUUCGCCGGUAGGAUUCGGAAGCUUGUUCGCGAUGGACGAUCCGCUCACCGUCGGGCCGGAGAAAGAUUCAAAGGUGAUCGGAAACGGCCGUGGAAUGUACAUUUCCGGGAGCAAAGACAUGGGUAAAUUCACGAUCGUCAUGUACGCCGAUUUGGCGUUCACGACGGGGAAGUUCAACGGAAGCUCGAUUAGUUUGUUCUCGAGGAAUCCGGUGGCGGAAGAGGCCGGAGAACGAGAGAUCGCGAUCGUCGGUGGUCGUGGGAAAUUUAGAAUGGCGAGAGGUUAUGUUAAAAUCAAAACGCAUCGGAUUGACAUGAAAACCGGCGAUGCUGUUCUCCGAUAUGAUGCUAUUGUGUACCAUUAUUAA